AUGAAGCGGCUCCUUGCUCUCCUCCCUCUCGCGGCAGCAGCCCCUGCGUUCCCCAAUGUCGAGCUUGGUGACGCCCCACCACCCGGCCAGGUCAAGAUUCGCGGUGUCAGCUAUGGAGGAACUGGUUGCCCGCAAGGCACCAUGAGCUCCCAGAUCAACAGUGACAGGACUGUUAUGACGCUCAUCUUCGACGCGUACAUCGCCUCGAUCGGCCCCGGUAUCGCCGUUACUGAGCAGCGCAAGAACUGCCAGUUGAACGUCGACAUUGAGUACCCAGGAGGCUUCCAGUACUCCAUCCUGUCCGCCGACUACCGUGGCUACUCCGCCAUCCAGAAGGGCGUCUCUGGCACUCUCAAGUCUACCUACUACUUCUCCGGAGACACUGCUCAGACUUCGACUGAGUACAAGUUUGACGGGCCAACCAACGGCGACUACCUCAAGCACGACGAGGCGGACAGCACCUCGGUCGUGUGGGCGCCAUGCGGCACCAACGGCAUGCUCAACAUCAAUUCGCAGGUCCGCCUGACCAGCAGCAACGCCAGCGCCACUGGCCUCCUCACCACUGACUCUACCGAUCUCAAAUUCACCCAAGUCGUGUACGUGCAGUGGCAGAAGUGCACACCGCCCAAGCAGUAGAAACUGAUUGCGGUUGAUGUAGGCCGAGACAUUGGAUCAGUUGGAUUAGUGUGAACGGGCCAUGGGUAGUGAGGGUUGAGGACUUGAAGUGGAGGCGGUGUUAGUCGGGGUAUGGAAUUUACGAAGAUAUGCCGGACGCAUGUUUGAUGUUUGCAUGAUAGUUGAAUCCUUUUAUGAGAUGCGCAUCUCUCAUUUGAAUCUCCACCUGCUGUGAUGAUCCA